AUGAGGUAUAUUUUCUUAUUGUUGCUUCAGAUUCGAGCUAUAGAUGAAGAUAUUAUUUGUUCAUUAUCAACGUUGGAUCAACUGAUGUCUCUGUGCACCCAUCAUUAUUCUUGUUCGCAUUUCACUCUUGCUGAUUGUCGAGACGGUGUGGAAUUUGGAAAGUUUGAACGACUUUCUGCGAAUCUAGAAGUCAUGCAAGAUUGUUUUUAUAUUAGAUCCUUGUUGAAAAACGCAACAGAGCGUGAACUAUUGCUAUUACCGACGCUGAGUUAUCAAAGCGAAGAUUCACCAAGUAAUAUCCGUUUAUGUAUUCUGCUGGAAAGUUUGCACCGUGAAUUGGCCAAAGUAACUCAUGUGACAAUUGAGGUGCGAAAUCCUAAUUUUUGGCUGGAAAUUAUCAGUGGUAUUCAUGAAUCAGUGUUAAGAAGACCUAAUGCUAAAGAUAAACGGGUGCUGCGGACCACAGAUGAUGAAAGUUUUUGCCCUACGCGUAUUUAUGUCUCACGACUGUCACCUUGGCGCGCUGUUAUUACAGCAUUGUUGGUGAAUCCACAGCACGUCAUCAUGGCAACGUCUGAUGUCAUAGCUACCAUACCAAUUUUGGUUUUCCACUGUGAUGAACCGAUGAUUGCACAUCAUUUGGCACAUAAAGAACCUAGGCGAUGCGAAACGUAUAUAUCAGAUCAUCGAACCAAAAGUCCCACUUCUACUUUGGCUCAUUUAAAUCGACAAGUACGCAGAACUGGAAACAGUACAAGUAACUUUUUCAGCAAGGGAAUAAUUGAGGAUGUGUCAUACGAGAUGGAAAGAAAUGAAUUAGAAUUACACUGGCUGUCGACUGCUCGAAUCGGUGCUACAGAUGGGCGUGUUCAUACCUCCUUUGAUUUGCAUUCAUAUUGUGAGGCAAUUGAGGACCAACUUUUUUCUCGAGCACUUGUAGCUUCAGUUUAUCGCUCAUUGUUAGAAGGUGUUCAUAUACCUUACGAGGAUUUAGUGGAAGUGUUAGAAGAUCGUUGUGAGCAGGCAUUUAUUGAAAUUGAAGAUAUCAAUGAAUGCUUGCACUUCUUAUGUUCUCAUGUUGCCAAUAUACGUAGACAGACUGGUGACUCAGGUACGGAUAUCAGUGAUGAAAAUAAAAGUAGUGAUUAUUUUAAGGACGACGUUACUUUUCGAUUAAGAGAGGGAGAAGAAAAAACAUGUGAAGGAGAACAAGAGGAUUUUCGAUUUGCUUUCAGUGAACUUCUUUCGCUAAAUUUCAGCGCACCAAGUACUUCCUUUCCAACAUUUUUGCGAUACGAUUUCAUUGUUCUUUGUUGUGAGAAAGAUCAUUUGGCCAUAUCUAACUUGACCAUUGAUUUACCUGGAACAAAAGACUUCACAAGUAACGCGCCUUGCUUAAAUCUUCAAUUCUGUUGUAUUGAUGAUGGCGAGGAAAAAGCAGAAAAAGAUAGUGUGGAAAGCAACAAGUCUAGUGUCAGUUUCGAAUCUGUCACAGUCUCAGGGUCAUCUGCUGGUGAAACAUUUCAUUUGGAUGAUAAUACUGCAGUUCCUCUAUUUUUGAAUCUUUCUUGUACUGUACGUUUUUCUAAUACAGAAAUCUUCACAUUUCCUAUCGAUCAUCUGCCAUUUUGCGUUAUGGAAUUACUGAAGCAGUGCUCGAAUAUUGCAAAUAAAAAUUUGGCUGCGAUGGAUUUGAUUGGUAUUUCGUUUGAUAUAUAUGUUUUGUCUUGGCCUGUACGACAAGUACCUUUGGAGCAAUCGGAUUUUUAUGCAGCUUCACCCGAAACUUUUGAUUGUUCUCCAAGAGCUUUUCAUAAAUCUACUAUUUAUUUUGAUUUCGACAGCCCUAAUGUGACAGAAACUUCUGAUGUCAUAUGCCAACUUCCGCAGCUGGAAAAGGAAGCCGUUCGUCGACUGCAGUAUGGGAUUUCACGUUUACUUCGUAUGGAAACAGUGUUAGUGCUAUCACGUUUUGAAGAUGUUACACUUGAUACAUUACAAAAAGUAAUAUCAUUCACGACGAAUGAGCAAAGAGAAAGGAGUGAUCCUGAUCGGAUUAAAGUUAAAGUAUUGCAAAUUGUUAUGGUGAUGGAACAAAUCAAAGCUAUACGUCGUUUAAAAGAACGCCUUAAAAGCUUUCAUUUACUUUACUGCAAAUUACAAGUACAUCCCGAAUCCAAUAAUUUGUUUUAUUGCUGUGCUGUAACAGAAGUUGACAUGUAUAGAAAUACUCUUAUGAAUCAGGGGCGUGCAACUGCAAAAAUAACACUGAAGUCUCAACGAAGUAGCAGCAGUUUUACGGACCGCGUCGAAGAACAAGUUAAAACAACGCUAAAAAGACGAGUAUCGAGCAUGCAGGCUUUACAUACUAAUUUAUCGGGAAAAAAAAUGAGACGAAGGAAUAGCAGUGCACCUGUGUUCAAAGCUAAUGCCAGAUAUUGUUGUGAUUCGGCGGAUAUUUCGGAAAUUGCAGAAAGACUGGAUAAUAGCGAUCACGAACUGCGUGAUUUUUGGAUCAUCGUCAGUGUUGAAAUACAGCGAUUGCAAGUGUAUUUUUGUGAUAGAUAUGCCCAUCAUCACGAAAAAGUUUUUGAUUUCUUGCUAGAAACUAUACAGAAUGAAUGCAGGAUUAUUAAUCAGGAACUAUUAUUGGAAAAAAUGCAUUCGACAAAUGAAUGCGAUAACUUAUUAAUUGAGAGUGAGGCGUCUUCACAUAAGUUCAGUCCUUCGGAUGGUCAUGAUUCAAUUUCUGAUAUAAAAUUGACGCGUUCAGUGGUUCAUAAAGAUAUAACAUUAAGAACGGGAAAAGACGUUACCUCUGUUUAUUCUGAUGAGAAUAAUGAAGAUGAUGCAAGCUACGUGCCACCAAAAGUAUAUUAUUCUCCUGGUCAUUUUGCAUGUCCCAUUGUUGCACAUCACUGGUUUUACAUUCAUCCUCGUUUACGUAGCGAAAUGCGAGGACCGGGAUACUGUUUAGGUACAGUCUUACCUUCUAUUACUUUUGAAAUAAUGGGAUGUGAUGUUCUGCGUCAAGGAAUUGAACAGUUUGCAGUUCGUAAUCGUCGUAAUUUAUAUGUGUAUUGUGAAGAUACUAAGCGGAAAAUAUUUUACAUGCAGCUUUUUGAUAGCGAGGAAAGUUUCAGGGAACGUUGUUCAAAUUAUGAUGCGAAAAUCAUCGAUGAGAUUAGUGAAAAGUUUCAAAAUAAUGUAUUGUUGACAAUUCAUGGAAUUCAUCAGCCGGGUACAGUCAUGCAGUCAAUCGUGGAUACGAUGCAGAAGCGACUUGAAUUGCGAAUUCUUGAAGACUUAACUAUGAUAUUACAGAAAAAUUUGCAUUCUAGACUAACGGCUGCUGACGUAGAGUUUAUUCAACGCGAUCCAGCUAAGCCAUUUGCAGUGCAUUAUUGCACCUUGCCAAAUUUUACUCAUGAUUAUUUGGGAUCACUUUACUACUACAUCUACCAACAAAUGCUUACAUUCACAGCAGAAGCUCGGUUUCGGGAUUGUGGUGGUGGAAUAAACAAAAAUAGUUCGGUAUCCACGGAACGAACUCAUUUUUAUUCGCAAUUCAGUUCACAGUCUACUUGCAGUAAUUAUGUACCUCGCUUUUUUUUGAUCAAUAAACCUCCCACAAAAGGCUCCUCAAAUAUGGGAAUUGCAUGUGUUGAAAUACGCAUAGUAGAUUCAAGUGGCGCCUGCGUGGGUUUGUUAAAAAACGCUCAGAUCAGCUCUAGUACUCAUUCUCAGUUGUAUCCGGGAGGUGGCAAACUUCGUCUUUCUUCUAGGGAGCGUUUUCAUGAAUUAACACGUUGUGUCGCCACGUCGCUUCCUUUACCAGAUUCAUUACUUUCUGAAAAUACAGGUACAUCCAUCUCUUGUUCAAAGAUCAUUUUUCAUGCAGGUGCUGUAUCGAAUUUAGUUCAGUAUGCGAUUUGGCAGGUAGGCGAUGUCGGUUUAUCAACACUCAAACCAUUGUUUCGACGGGCUUUGCAACAAGCUCUGUGUGAUUUGGUCACUGAAUUUGGUCUCCUAAGCGUUCCGUUAUUGCACACCCCCACUCACUUCUUCCCGAGUUCACAGAUCGGCGUAUCUCUCGAUCCUGGCGAACCAAGAAAACGAUCUUCCAGCGAUGCUUCAUACUCAAAUUUUAUCACUAAAUCUCUUUUGAAACUAGAAUCUCAUCUGCAAUUACCGCUUUCGAAUCGACAACUGCAACAACGCAGUUUAGGAAAAUUGAAAGUUAAGGAUGGAUUAAGCAGUGGUAAUACUAAAGCAAGUUAUACAUCAGUUAAUUCCCAAUUUCUCGCGAUAGCUGCGCAAUGGUUCGACCACGUCGUCUCGGAAAUCUUCAAUGCCAUACGUGAUAAGUUAUCCGAAAUUUUGAGUCAGGAGACAAUCGUACUCAGUCAUAUUGAAUCGCGUUGCAAGAACCAGUUGUCGAGGCAGAGCUCGUUGGAUGAAAACGUCUUAACAUUUGCUGUACGGUUUUUCAAAACUUAUUUUGUAUUGCACUCACUGUUUUCUCAAAAAUUUGUUUUGCGAAAUCGUGGUGUCUCUAUCACAGAGUUGGAUAAUGACUUUGGACGAAUAUUUGUUGCUGAAAACGAAGAACCGUCGUUAAUAAUGCUUGCUUGUAAUCCCCAAUAUUCGGAAAUGAUAUUAAAAUAUGGAGCAGAUUCUGCAUCAGGUGACAUACCAGCUGCUUUUGGGAAAAUUUUUCAGGAUCCUAAAGUAACAAUAAAUAAUUUGCUCAUUCGUGUGAAAGUGUUUUUGUUGUUUAUAUUGUACAGUUUAUCGAAAAAUAUCUUUGCAGCUUGUUCAAUGCGUUUUUUACCUCAAACAGUUCCAUUUGUUCCUCGUCAGCAUCUACUAUAUCUUUUAUCCAGAGGUGAAACAGUCACCUUAUAUUUGUACAAUUAUUCUUCUGAAACUGCUGAGGAUGUCCAUAAAGUAGUUGCAAAUAUUUUGUUGUGGCAGAACGCUCGUUCAAGAUUGCUUCGUGAAAUUGGUUUGCAUAAAAUGGGUAUUACACAUUUAUCCGGUCGCAUCACUCCGAAUAGCGAAGAGCUUGUUUGGUUAAAUAGUGAAUUGUUAAGUGAAUAUGAAAUACCGCAAUAUGGGUCAGCAUACUUUGAUCAGAGGUUAGUUUUAAGUGGAUCACAGUGCAUUCAGGUUGAACCGUUUAUGCAUCUUUAUCGGCACACACCCUUUGCUUUUUUGCCAUUUAAUUUGAAUAAAAUAAAUCUAUUUGAAGAUCAGUGCUCUCAAAUGGUUAUUCUCGAAAAAGAGGUAUCCUUUUUCUUGAUGAAAUGGAUGCUUCGUGAUUGCAAGCUAUUUUGUCGAAUACACGAGGAGUUGCUAAAUGAUGCUGAUAAAAUAAACAAAUCAGAUUUACUUAGAAUUAUUUCACGCAGUCGAAUGGUACACUUCAUUCACUCGCCACUAUUACUUUUUCCAAAAUGGCGUAAAUUAGUUGCUCUUUCUCGAAGAGGAACUGAAAAUGCUGUAAGUUUUCGUCAAGCAGUGGCAGGCGACGUAUUUACAAACCGUGAUCGGGAUUCAAAAAUGUCGUAUAUGGAGAAAAGAUCAUCAUUAUCUCGGAUUCGUUCAACCCGUUCAAAAACUUAUAAUACAUUGAUGUUUUCAUCAGAACGUAAGUCACGAAAGUUAGGCAGAAGUUCAGAGGAAGGUGAACCGUAUUGUUCGAAGAUCCAGUGUAUGCUGAUCGAGAGUUAUGUUGAUUAUUUGAAAACAAAUGGAUUACGGUUGCUGAAUGUAACAAAUUCAGAUUCCGCUACACGGCAAAUAGGUGGCCGAUAUAGUUUACAUUCUUACAUGCAAUUUUUGAUUUUCUUGUCAUUUUAUUUUCAGAGUACCGCAUCAUCUCCGAAUUUUUGGAUGUAUAAAGCGUGUGAUGGUGGUAUUUUAUUUGUAUAUAUUUCGAUUGUUGAGCCACAUAUCAGCGUUCAAUAUUUUGUUUGGAGUGUUGCUCAGUUGAAUCGACUGAAUAUAAAACGUGAUAAGAAAUUCGAUUAUAGAAACCAAAGAGAUCUUGAAAUAUUGAAAGAUAACAUUAUAUCACUAUCUCAUGUUCAUUCGUUUACGUACGAUUUUCAUUUGCGUAUGGUUGCAACUUAUUUAGUCGGUGGGCAACAGGUUUUGUUUAGUCAUGGCUACAAUACAAAUGAAUUUCUUAUGGAUUUUCUGCAAUAUUAUAAUUGUCGUCCCCCUUAUGCUCGUAACUGUAUUUAUGAGGAAAAAAUGGUAUUUCCUGAUUUACCUGUAACAAAUCAGAAAAUUUGGGAAUUCAUGCUUUCUGAUAAACGUAGAUGGCGCGUAGUACGAUUAAAAACACAAGGAAUCAGCACGGCUGGACAAUUUAUGAUUGUUUUUGAGGAAGAUAGGGACUGUUUUGGUUUGUCCUACAAAGAAAUUGGAGCAAUAAUUCAUGAAAAUCAACUUGUAGCGAGCGAUACAUUAAAACUUAAAUUUUAUAUCAUGCUUGUUUCUCAUGAAAGAACCAGUCCAUUCAUCGAAAACCUGGAGUUUCAAACCAGUUGUUUGGAUAAAAAAUUCAGUGGGGAGUUUAAGGCUUUAAAAGGCUCUCAUGAAUAUUGCGCUAAUGACGAUGACGAAUUGAAUUUGGAAAGCAGAAAUACAGAACAAAAUGCCUGGGAUACUUCGAUUGUUCAUGCAGAAGGGAGGCAUUGCAGUGGAGAAAAUAUUAAGUCUGAUGAAGAAAUCAUUCUUCCCAGCAAGCGCUCGAAUGAUAUGGAACUCGAGGAAAAGAAAUUUGUUGCCGAUGGAGAUGUCCGGCAGUUAUUUAUUCAAAAAAUUGCCCCCUUAAGACAUCGCAAGAUACGAUUAGGGGGUGACGUGGUGCUAGAUCGACCAGCUAUAGUACCACGUGAGCAAGCUUUUUAUAUAUAUUUCAUGAGUGCUCGUCAGAAAAAGCUCCAAGACGAACUGGAAGAUUGUGUUGUGAAUUACAAACAAAAGUUACAACUUAUCAUUGAUGACGCUGCAUGGCACUGCUUGAGAAAUGAACUUUGGAAUGAAAUGAUCGAGAAACCAACGAUCCGACGAGAAAUUCUCGAAAUGACAGAACAGUGGAAAUUGCUAGCACGGCAUAAUCAUGACAUAGCAGUGGUUUUGCGGUCUGCUCUUUCAACAAACCUUACAAUCAGAGAUGUGGAUACCUUACUAGAAUAUGUCAGAUCUGAGUCCUUAAAUAUGCAUGAACCGCUGCUGAAUUCAUUAGUUGACACACUGAAUAAUGGACUUUUUUUCAAAUUGAUUAUUCAACAUUUCGGUAGUCAAAUGUGUCGGUUGUUCUGUUCAUCUCAAAGAGAAGAACGACAGAUUAAUGAAUUUGAUUCUCUACUGAUGGAAGCUGACAGUAUGGUACGACAACAGUUCGAUGAAAUAGUUUCUUGUGCAGCUUGUUUUGUGUGGAUGAAUUUGGUGCACAUUAACGCCUUACCAAGCUGA